AUGGAGAAUUCGUACGUUACAGGCAUAUUACAGGCUCUUGCAUCCACGAAGUUAAAAGAAAGACACAAUGCAAUUGACGAGUUAAGAACUUUACUAAAAGAUUCACCUCAACAGUUACCAACUAAAUAUUUGAACAAUACAGCUGUUACUCUAUUGGAAAUACUAGAUUAUGAACAUAGAAAAUACAGUGAAUUGCUGAAAAAUGAGUCAAAUGAGAGAACUGGAAGCAAAAGAAAUUUGGUCGAGAACAGACUUACAGAUAUAUCUUAUUUGUUAAGGUUAUUUAUUGAAAAACUUUCGAACUAUUUUAAAGUUAAGACUUUGAAAGUCUUAGUAAAUGCGUUGCCUGAACUCAUGGUACAAAAUGACUCUGAUAAAUUAAUGGAGCCUAUUUCAGUUGAUUUAUCAUUCUCACUCCUUUCUAUAAUUGAAAGUGGCAUAUUUAAAUUAAACUAUACAGAGGAACAAUGGAUCAAUCUGGUAUCAAUUAUGACUGAUUAUCUUUUCCGUUACAUGAAAGUAAAAGUAAAUAACAGGAAUAUUUCAAACUUUGUACAGAUCAUAUGUAGUCUAUUAUCAUUGGACACUGUCGGUAUGAAUCUAUUACCUAAAAUACCAAAGUUGCGAACAGUUUUACUGGAAUUGUUGGAUUCUAAUGAAAAAGAGAAUGCAAUUACUAAAAAUUUAUUUGAAAUCUCAGCACAUCUUAUUACCAUAACCCAAUUCACUGAUGUCCAGAACAAUUUAACUUUGAUAGAGGCUAUAUGGAAAUAUUACCUUAAAAUAGAGGGAUUGAAUAAUGAUGAAACCAAAAAUAGACUUGAGUUGAUUAAUAUAUUGGCAGCAGAUAUCAUAAAUACUAAUAAGCAUUUAUUUGAUUCCAAUCAGAAAACCAUCGUCUCUGAAUCAUUUCUGUCAACUUUUACAGAAUAUAUUAAGACCCGAGCAACUUAUUUUAUACUACCAAAUUUAUCGACUAAGUUAAUGUCAUUUGACUACCAACUUCGAGAUUUAAAAAAAUCAUGGCUGGCCUUCCCAAAUUUUCAAUUUAACCCAGAAAGUGAUGAUGUUAAUGAAUGGAUACGGUUAUAUUCAUUGACUAUGCUACUUAAAAGUUAUUUCAAUACUACAAAGUUUACUGAGGAUGAAAAUGUACUAUUUAAAAAAAGGAGAACAGAUACUAGUAUAUCUUCUAUUUUAUCUAAUUCAUCGACGAUGGUUGAAUUUUUGAUUAAUUGUAUGAAUUCAGAAUAUUUAAAUGUCCAGUUAGAAGCUAUUGUCUUUCUCCCAUUUUACACAGAAUCGACUAAUACAUCAAUUGAGGACGCGAACAACUUAAUGGAAGAAGUGCUUGCGAGAUUGAACACAUCUAACGCCAUCUCGUGGAUUUCUUUAUGCUUAAUAUCAUUACUCUCAACGUUAUCGAAUAAUGUUUCUAAAACUACAUUAGAUUUAAUCAUUGGAUUCACAAUCCCGUUAAUAAGCAAAAAACAGGAUUACAAAAUUGCUUGCAUUUUGCUGUCAAGAUGUAUUCUAUUUUAUCCUGAAAGCAAAAUUAAUGAGAGAGUACUUGAUCAACUAUAUGAUAUAUAUGAACUGCCUGAAUUAAAAGGACCUUUUUUGCCUUGUAACGAAUCUUACUUGUUCUGGAGAAGUUUACAAAUACUUGGUUAUAGAUAUAAAUCUCAAAUUGGAGAGACUUCAACAGACAAGAUGAGUAUAUGGUUAAAAUCAAAAAUCAAAGAUAAUUUUGAAAUUGAGAAUAGGAAUGAUGAGAUGCCACAAUUUUUGAAAUGGUUAUCUGGGAAACCUUAUGAAAGGAAACUUAAUUAUUACAAUACAUAUGACUCUUUCGGUCCAAAAAGGAAAUUAUGGAAUACAAUUUAUAGAGUAUGGCAAUUAACAGCAGAGCCACGACAAUUAUCAGUAUCUUUAGAUUCUCAUGAUAGCACGAAACAGCAACACUUAGAUUCUUUUAGCAACAUUUUAGUUGAUAAUAGGGGAAAUGAUGUCGAACAUAUAUUUUAUUAUUUAAUGGGUAUGAAUGAAUCGGCAUCGAUAACUAAGAGAUUCACAUGGUUAUGCUUUAUUGGUAAAUCGUUAGAUUAUAAUCCCACCCAUUUAAUUUCAUCAGACAAAGUUUCAUUUUUUGUCAACUCAUUGAGUACACUUUUUGGCUCAAUAAAUUUUAUCGAUGAAAUUGAUUUAACCAUAUCACUAGAAUAUUUUUUAGAUUUAAUUGAUUGUUUGAAUGAUAAAUGUCUACUACAAAUGUUUCCUUUUCAAAAGUUGCUAAUUAAGUAUUUUGAGACACGAUCGUCAUUAAAGCCUCGAAUAAAAGUUUCUAGCGCUGUUAAUGAAUUUCAAUCUCAUAAUAUAUUUACUUCUGAAUUUAAUAAGCACUCUAUUGAAGGAACAAUGACCAUAAACGAACUAAAGUCAAUACUAAAAGUAAUUGAAUUAUAUUUUACGAAUGACAUAAGAAUUGAUGGUAAUAUUACCAAUAUUGACUUUCUAUUAGAAUUUAUGAUUACGACAGAAAAGCAAUAUAUGAUAUUUUUACUUCCAAAUAUUUACAAAAUUUUAAGAAAAUUGACUGACUUAUCAGGAAGUCAACUGAGAAUGCUAUCAGAUGCUAUUGCUAAUAUCUUGUUGAAUGGUGAAUUUAGAAACUCUUCAUUCGGUCUAAAGUUGCUGGCCGACUAUUUGAAUAAUAUUCUCGAUUUAUGUCUUCAAUCAGAUAAUCCUCAUUUUUGCAGUGACUAUAACGAUAUGUUUAAUUGGAUAACGGCUAAAAUAGCUGAUGAUACCUUUAGUGACGCAAUGACUUAUGUAACAAUGUCAAAAUACAUGUUAAAUUUGUUACAGUUUCAUGAUUUUUCUGCUGGACAGUUGAAAUUUAAAAAACAAGAUAUUUUUUCUGUAUUAAGUAAAUGCAUGUCGAAAUUGGGACCUGUAUUAUUGUUAAUUAUCCUUCCCGGUAUAAAGGAUUACAUGAGUUCUAUUAGUGUCAAAAACCAAAAGAUAAUAUUUGAUGAAAUUAUUACUUUGUAUAAAAAUAAUAAUGUAAUUAGCAAAGACUCAUUAUUAUACUAUUUUGUAUUAUCAGAAUUAGUUACUGUUUCGCAUAAGAUACUAAUGGAUUCAAUUAUCGAGUUAGAGAAACUACAUGUUGAAAUGUUGAAUAUUGGACAAAUAGAACUAACAAUUAAACGCAUGGUACGUAACUUAAAAUGGAAAAAUGAAUUAGAACUUUUUAAUAACUGCAAAUAUGAUUUGAUAACUCACUGGAUUGAUAAUACUCCUCGAGGAUCAGCUAUUACUACAAAUAUUUGGAAAUUCUGUUUUUAUCAAAUACCAACUAAAAAUGAAUUUGUUAAAACAUACUAUGUUGAGUUAAUAUCGUUGUUAUAUUCAAAAGAUGUUAUCAAUACUUAUUUGAUAACAGAUAUAGAACAUGAACUAGGAUGCAUGUCACAGGAUAUAUUACCUGAUUGGCUCCCGUAUGCUAUUACUUUCUCGUAUUUGAAUAAUGGUGCUGGAGAUAAUAUUAUGAAUAAGUUAAACCAAUAUUUUGGCAGCCAAGUUACUAAAACUGCCGAAGUUAAAAAGCUGCAUAUAAUAAAGUUGUUGUUAUAUUUCUCAGAUUUAGGAUCUUUGGUGGAAAUAGAAUUUUUGUUUCGAAAUAUGUAUAAGGAUAACGAUGCGAUAGCUGGGCUAGUCAAACAUGAUAAUAAACCGCUAAAGUACCAAAACACUUUCAACAUAUCAUUGCAAGCUACCAUAUCUUUUCUGAAUAAAAAUGAGUUUCUAAAAGCCAUUACAGAAAAUGAUUUAAAUAUCCUUGUAGUGUGGUUAUUAUUAGAUUUGGAUCCUUCUUCAAACACUGAAGAUAUUAUUAAAUUAAUUCGUGAAAUUAAAUUACUAUUAUUAAUCUUUAAAGACAUUAUACUUCAGCCUAGGACAGUUAAUAUCCUGAUAAAGAAACUCUCCAUUCAUUUAAAAGAAGAACCGAUAAGAACUGAAACUAUUCCUGCCAUUGUAUAUAUAUUAAGAUAUGGAUUAUCUUAUAAGUAUGAUAUGAAUUUAUCUUUUAUUAUCAUAUUAUCUAAUAUACUGGUAGUAAAGGAGACAUUCGCUUGUCAUAACUUCAAUUUUUGUUUAAUAUUUGAUCAAAUUCAACGAAUUAAUCCAGAUAUUAAAGGGACGAUCAAAAUGUGUUACGAUAUAACACAAGGAGUGUUAACUCGAGAUUCUUUCGAGAAUAUUGAUGAACUUUUAAAUUUGGCAAAUUAUGGAACUGAGGGCGUAGUUUUAUUAUCCUUAUUGUCAAAAUAUGCGUUUGCUAAUAUUACUAUGUUAACAAAAAUUCCUUUCUCUAUCGUUGAAAUAUUGACUACAACACCAAUUCCGAUAAAAUACCAGACUAAAGAAUUUCAAUUAAUACUUGCAGAAUUCAUAAAAAAAUCUUAUAAUAUUAAUGAUAGAUUUAUUGGGCACAGUAAUCAUAAAAGGACAAUUAAUGACUUCAAGGACUUAUUUUUUGAUUUAGGUUCUUUAUCGUCAUAUUAUUAUCACUUUUCAGAUUAUUGUAUAGCAAAUCAAAGUAUUUUUUCGAAUAAAAGUACGUUAAUCUCAAUUAUCAUAAAAAACACUUUGGUCAAGCAAUAUAUGGGACAACCAGAGAAUUGUUGGAAUAUUUCUGAGGAUUUGUAUGAUUCCUGGUUUUGUGAGAUAUGUGAUUUUAGUACUGAUUAUUUUGACCUUGUAUCGAACAUUAGAAAAGAAAAAGAACCGGAAAAACAGUUUAUUACUGACAUAUUUUUAUCAAAGGAACAAGGAUAUGAUAUUUGGUUGAAGUAUUUUGUGGAUUAUCUGCUUGGCAAAAUUUCCCUAUAUAUUCCACAUAUGAAAAUAUUUGAAUAUUUUUCUUUGGAAGAAGUUGAAUUUUCUGAAAAGACUAUACCAUUUUUAUUUUAUUUGUUCAUUUAUUUAGAUGUCAAAGGAAAUACCAAGAAUGCCAUCUAUAUUCUUACAACAAUACAUGAACUCGCUUCCUCAAAAGAUGCCACCAAUAAAUUACACAUAAUAUUUGAUCUGAUAAAAUUGAUCCGUACAGGUAAACUUUUGGGUGAAAUAUUUUGUUCUAAAAUAUACAAUGAAUUAAAUUUGAAAACUAUUUAUGAGAUUGCAAUAAAUUCCAAUAACUUUAGUUUUGCAUACAUGUUAUAUGAAGAAUAUUAUGCUAAUACAUCGGAGCAAUUAGACUACAAGGUUUUAAAAGAAAUAUAUGAGGCUAUUGAUGAUCCUGAUUCGAUUAGUGCUAUACCUAUACAAACCACUUUUUCUGGGAUGUUAGCUAGUAUUCAUAAUAAAGGCUCAUUGGAUUCAGAUUUGAGCCUCAAAGAAAUUAUACUGGAUAAGGCCAAAGCUGAUUUAAAUACUAUACAUGAACAAUAUUCUUCUGAUGAACAGCUAUCACACGAUCCAUCAAAUGAAUUGCAGGAAUUUUCGUCGAUCAUGCCUGGACUCCUCACACCAGCAGAAGAUCUUGGCUCUUAUCAAUGGGCUUUAGAAUUAGGUAAUUGGAAAUUACCAGAUAAUAUCAAUCUGUCAAAUAAAACAACUGCAUUAUAUCAUUCUUUGAAAGAUUUAUCACAGUAUGUUCCAGGUCGAAGUACUAUAGAUUCUUUGGAUAAUUCAAUAUUAUCUGUUCUGAAGUAUAAAGCAUCUUUUAAAUCGCAGGAAGAAUGGUUGGACACAAUUCAAGAAUUGGGAUUUUGGAAAAAUAUCAUUAAACAUGAAGACAAUGUGGAUGAUGAUGUUAAUCUUACGAAUAUAAAUUUUGUUCGAAAAGUAGAUAUGAUUAGGCUAAAUAAAUUCAGUUUUAGAAAUUAUAAGACUAAUAUUAUUGCCCGUUAUCACUUAACAAAGUUAUUAAACAAGAGACAUGCACUAUAUUCAUAUGCUUCACGUGAUAGUCCACAGAUGCAAUUAAUUUUGGUUACUUUCCUCUCAGAUUUUGUUCAUGGAGCUAUUGAUAAAAAUAUGAUACAAGAUGCUGUAAAAACAUCAUUCUUAAUUGAGGAUAUUAUUAAAUCAACUAAUGCAUUUUCAACUUCUAUGUUAAAUUCUGCAAAAUAUAUUAUUGCGAAUGCCAUGUGGAGCUUAGAGCACACUAAAAUACCAAUAGAGUUACUCAAGAAUGUUUUAUCAAAUAAAUCAGUUACCAGAACCUCCAAAGAUUUAGAGGAUUAUAAACCACUAUUCAGUAUUUCUGGAGAACAGAUAAAAGCAACUUUAGUGAAGUGGUCCUCUGAAUCAAGUUAUGAAAGAGCUGAUGAUAUUUUUAAUAAUUAUAUUAAGGAUAUAAAUAUAACAAUUCGCGACAAUGAAAUUAGAUCUGAAAUCUAUUAUAUUUUUGGUGAAUUUUUUAAUAAACAAGUUCAAAAAUUUAUUAAAACUAAUGAAUAUGAUCGCUUGAAGAAUAAGUGUUCUGUAAGUUAUAGUGAACUACAAGCAUUAAAAACUAUAUAUUCUAAUGAAUCUCUAGCUAACAGUGAAAGGAAAGAUGCUAAAAAACAUUAUACUAAAACCUAUAUUCAAUAUGAAAGAGAAAAAAAUGAUCUUUUAGAAAUGAAGGAAAGCCAUGAAAGAUUUGUUACUAGAGCGCUAUCUAAUUAUAUUAACGUAUUAGUUUAUACUAAUAAGUACAACUAUGAUGUUUUGGAUAAAUUUUGCAGUCUAUGGUUUCAAUUUGAUAAUGAUGCAAAUUUGAAUAAUUUUUUGUAUAAAGAAAUCUGUACUAUUCCUAGCUACAAAUUUUUACCGUGGAUUAAUCAAAUAGCAUCAAAACUUUCCUUAGAUGAUUCUGAAUUUCAGAAAACAUUGCAGAUUCUGUUAAAACGAGUUUUAUAUAAACUCCCGUAUGAUUCACUAUACUCUAUAAUGAGUAUUUUAAUGUAUAAAUCCCAACCUGAAAAUAUGGAUGAGACAAUGACUUUUAAAUUACGUGCUGUCGAUAAUAUUCUGAAAGAACUCACUACAUUUGAAAAUGGUGAAUAUUAUAAAACAUAUGUUAAUCCAAUAUUAGAAUUUUGUGAAAAUUCUAUUAAACUAGCAAAUGUUAAAUUAACCAAAAAUACAAAAACUAUUAAUUUGGAGAAUGUUAAUAUCGGUAAUUAUUGGUUAAAUAUUUUACCUACUCAAAGUCUACCCUUACCAACAAUGAAAUACUCUAUAUCUGCAUCUAUUAAUGGUAAGGAGCCAAGACCAUAUAUAACCUCGAUAAAAAAUACCGUUGCUAUCUCAACAACGGGGAUAUCUUUACCAAAAAUUGUAACUAUAACUGUUUCUGACGGAUCAAAACAUAAGGUGUUACUAAAAGGUAGUAAUGAUGAUUUAAGACAAGAUUCUAUUAUGGAACAAAUUUUUAAGCAAGUUAAUAAAAUUAUUGAAAAUGACCCUAAUUUAAAAGGAUAUGACUUGAAAAUACGAACUUACGAGGUCCUGCCACUUGGUCCAAGUGCUGGUAUUAUAGAGUUUGUUUCUAAUUCUGUAUCUUUGCAUCAAGUUUUAACUUCACUUCACAAAAAUGAUAAAAUUAGCUUUGAGAAAGCCAGAAAAAUGAUGAAAACUGCACAGAAUAAAUCAAAGUCAGAAAAGCUAGAUGUAUAUUUAAAAUUGACGAAUUCAAUAAAACCUCAACUACGACACUUUUUUUUUAAUAACUUUACAAACCCCCAAGAUUGGUUGCAGGCUAAAACCAAAUAUACUAAAGGCACAGCUGUGAUGUCAAUUGUUGGGUAUAUUUUAGGUUUAGGUGAUCGACAUUUAAACAAUAUUCUUCUUGAUCAAUCAACUGGAGAACCUAUUCAUAUUGAUUUAGGCAUUGCCUUUGAUCAAGGUCGUUUACUGCCUGUUCCUGAGUUAGUUCCAUUUAGAUUGACCAAAGACAUUAUUGAUGGUUUUGGUGUGACUGGAGUAGAAGGUACAUUUAGAAAUAAUUGUGAACACAUUUACAAACUAUUAAGAAACGAUUUUGAAAAAGUACUACACGUCUUAAAUAUCUUGAAAUGGGAUCCAUUAUAUUCUUGGGUGAUGUCCCCAGUUCACAAGCAUAGACAUCUAUUUGAUGAAGAUUCGCAAUUCGCUGAUAUUUUCAAAUUUACAACUAAAACUUCAUUAUCUCAAAAUGUAAACGAUAACAAUGAAUCAUUUAGAGCUAUCCAAGGCGUCGAAAAUAAAUUGAUAGGUAGUGGUUUGAGUAUAGAAUCUACUGUUCAGGAGGUUAUUAGAGAGGCUACAGAUCCUAAUAAUUUAUCAGAUAUCUAUAUGGGUUGGUCUCCCUUUUAUUAA